AUGCAAUUUACGGUAAAGGAGCUCACAAAAUUAAACAUAAAAUUCACUAUCAGCUCAAGUGUAAGCUUUGCCAAUUCGCUCCGCAGAAUCCUGCUCGGAGAAGUCCCAAGUAUUGCCAUUGAUGUUGUUGAAAUUAAAGAGAACAGUACGGUUCUUCCUGACGAAAUGGUAGCAAAUAGACUUGGUCUUGUCCCGAUAAAAUACGCGGGAUCACUCAUUCCAAAGCAAGAGUGUAAGUGUGAUGGCUUCUGUGACCAGUGCUCCAUCAAGUUUAUCCUCAAAAAGCGUAAUGAUACAGACUCUGUUAUCUCUGUUAAUGGCCAGGAUUUGCAGACAGAUGUUCCUGGUGUGCACUGUAGUGCUGCCCUCAUCUUGAGGCUUGCGCCUGGGCAGAAGCUGGAUAUGAUAUGCAUAGCUACUAUAGGAACACCUCAGACUCAUGUGAAGUAUUGUCCAGUAACCGUAGUUGGGUUUAGUUAUGAUGUACGAAAUAAAACUAGAGAAACCAAGCUAUGGGCUGAGGAUGAUGCCAAGAAAGAAUGGCCAGGAAUAAACCAGAGCGAUGAAAUAGAAUGGGGGGAGAUUGAGGAUGUUGAGAUGAACCUGGAGGUGGUUGAGGGGAUGGGAAAGCCCAAGGAGGUGUUGCUAAAAGCACUUGAGAUAUACAAAUCCAAGAUGGAGAAGAUUUUAGAUUCGAUUUAG